CAAACAAAUCAGUCUAAGACUAAUGAUGUGGCAAUCAGCUGCUAAAAUAUUUGCUGCUAGUAUUAUUGGAGAGAAAUGGAGCGCCUGCACGUAAGACCAGUAUUAAAGAGGGACAACUGUUGAAGCAAACCAGUUCUUUCCAAAGAUGGAAAAAGCGAUACUUCAAGCUUCGAGGCCGUACACUUUAUUAUGCAAAGGACUCAAAGUCUCUGAUAUUUGAUGAAGUUGACCUCUCAGAUGCCAGUGUAGCUGAAGCAAGCACAAAAAAUGCUAACAACAGUUUCACGAUAAUCACUCCAUUCAGAAGACUAAUGCUAUGCGCUGAGAACAGAAAGGAGAUGGAGGAUUGGAUCAGCUCACUGAAGUCUGUACAGACCAGAGAACCUUAUGAGGUGGCCCAGUUUAAUGUGGAACAUUUCUCAGGGAUGCAUAACUGGUACGCCUGCUCCCAUGCCCGACCCACUUUCUGUAACGUGUGCCGAGAGAGCCUUUCCGGAGUCACCUCCCAUGGCCUGUCCUGCGAAGUGUGUAAAUUCAAGGCCCACAAAAGGUGUGCAGUGAGGGCCACAAAUAACUGCAAGUGGACGACUCUGGCCUCCAUCGGGAAGGACAUCAUAGAGGACGAGGAUGGGGUGGCUAUGCCUCACCAGUGGCUAGAGGGUAACUUGCCUGUGAGUGCCAAGUGUGUUGUCUGUGACAAAACAUGUGGCAGCGUUCUUCGUCUACAAGAUUGGAAAUGCCUUUGGUGUAAAAUGAUGGUACACACUGCCUGCAAAGACUUAUACCAUCCUGUAUGUCCACUUGGCCAAUGUAAAGUGUCUAUCAUUCCUCCAAUUGCACUAAACAGCACUGAUUCUGAUGGUUUCUGUAGAGCAACGUUUUCAUUCUGUGUUAGUCCUUUACUGGUUUUCGUCAACUCCAAGAGUGGAGAUAAUCAGGGAGUCAAGUUCCUUCGACGGUUUAAACAGUUACUAAAUCCAGCUCAGGUGUUUGAUUUAAUGAAUGGAGGUCCUUAUUUGGGUUUAAGAUUAUUCCAGAAGUUUGACAAUUUCCGGAUUCUUGUUUGUGGAGGAGAUGGAAGUGUAGGUUGGGUUUUGUCAGAAAUUGAUAAGCUCAACUUGAAUAAACAGUGUCAGCUUGGCGUGCUGCCUUUGGGAACCGGAAAUGACCUGGCCCGGGUUCUGGGCUGGGGUGGUUCAUACGAUGAUGACACUCAACUUCCCCAGAUCCUAGAGAAGCUGGAACGAGCCAGCACCAAAAUGCUGGACAGGUGGAGUAUAAUGACCUAUGAACUCAAAUUGCCACCAAAGGCUUCUCUACUUCCAGGACCUCCAGAAGCACCUGAAGAAUUUUAUAUGACAAUUUAUGAAGAUUCAGUUGCAGAUCAUCUUACAAAAAUCCUUAAUUCUGAUGAACAUGCAGUAGUCAUAUCAUCUGCUAAGAUACUAUGUGAAACUGUAAAGGACUUCGUUGCCAAAGUAGAGAAGGCAUAUGACAAAACAUUGGAAAAUGCUGUUGUGGCCGAUGCCGUGGCCAACAAAUGUUCGGUCCUCAAUGAGAAGCUUGAACAACUGCUCCAGGCUUUGCGUACAGACUCCCAGGCUGCUCCUGUUCUCCCAGGCAUCAGCCCUGUCCUUGUAGAAGAAGAUACAGUGGAAUCUUCGAGUGAAGAGUCCUUGUGUGAAAGCAAGGAACAGCUCUUGGAUGACACUACAAAACCUUCCUCCCAGAAAGCAGUGAAACCAAAGGAAAUAAUGUUGCGGGCAAAUAGUUUAAAGAAAGCAGUAAGGCAAGUCAUCGAAGAAGCCGGAAAAGUUAUGGACGAGCAGACAGUUCACCCCUGUGAGCCAGUUAAUCAAUCAUUUGAUUAUGAUAGUACAGAAACAGAUGAAUCUAAAGAAGAAUCUAAAGAUGAUGAUGCAAAAGAGUCAUUAAUUGUUAAAACUGCACCUCGGUCUCCAGAUGGCCGGGCAAGUCGUUCCCAGCCUGACCCUGGCCCUGGCCCAGCUGUGGCAGCCAGCAAAGAAAACCUCCCUGUGCUCAACACCAGGAUAAUCUGCCCAGGUUUAAGAGCAGGACUAGCUGCCUCAAUUGCUGGGAGUUCAAUUAUCAACAAAAUGUUACUAGCAAAUAUUGAUCCUUUUGGUGCAACGCCAUUUAUUGACCCAGAUCCAGAUUCAGUAGAUGGAUAUUCAGAAAAAUGUGUCAUGAACAAUUACUUUGGGAUUGGAUUAGAUGCAAAAAUUUCAUUAGAAUUUAAUAAUAAGAGAGAGGAGCACCCUGAAAAAUGCAGGAGCCGAACUAAAAACUUGAUGUGGUAUGGAGUUCUUGGAACCCGGGAGUUACUACAGAGAUCAUACAAGAAUUUAGAACAGAGGGUUCAGCUUGAGUGUGAUGGACAGUAUAUUCCUCUCCCCAGUCUGCAAGGAAUAGCAGUACUGAACAUUCCCAGCUAUGCCGGAGGCACUAACUUUUGGGGUGGAACUAAAGAGGACGAUAUAUUUGCUGCACCAUCAUUUGAUGACAAGAUCCUGGAAGUCGUUGCAAUAUUUGAUAGUGUGCAAAUGGCGGUGUCAAGGGUCAUUAAACUACAGCAUCAUCGAAUAGCCCAGUGCCGUACAGUAAAAAUCACUAUAUUUGGUGAUGAGGGUGUCCCAGUGCAAGUGGAUGGUGAAGCAUGGGUUCAGCCUCCAGGGAUUAUCAAAAUUGUGCACAAGAACAGAGCUCAGAUGCUAACAAGGGACAGGGCUUUUGAAAGCACUCUGAAAUCUUGGGAAGAUAAGCAGAAGUGUGAUUCUGGUAAACCAGUUCUUCGAACCCAUUUGUACAUCCAACAUGCUGUUGACUUGGCAACGGAGGAGGUGUCUCAGAUGCAACUGUGCUCCCAGGCUGCAGAGGAGCUCAUUACGAGGAUUUGUGAUGCAGCCACAAUCCACUGUCUCUUAGAGCAGGAACUGGCCCACGCUGUGAAUGCUUGCUCCCAUGCACUGAAUAAAGCCAACCCCCAGUUCCCAGAGAGUCUUACGAGAGACACUGCCACUGAAAUAGCCAUCAAUGUGAAGGCACUAUAUAAUGAAACGGAAUCUUUACUGGUUGGCAGAGUUCCUUUGCAGCUGGAAUCCCCACACGAGGAGCGGGUGUCCAGUGCCUUACACUCUGUGGAGGUGGAGCUGCAGAAGCUAACAGAGAUCCCUUGGCUUUAUUACAUCCUCCACCCAAAUGAGGACGAGGAGCCUCCUAUGGAUUGCACCAAGAGAAACAGCAGAAGCACAGUGUUUCGCAUAGUGCCAAAAUUUAAAAAGGAAAAGGUGCAGAAGCAGAAGAUAAGCUCACAGCCUGGACCUGGGGAUAUCGAAAGUGGGUCAUAUGAAGCGAAUUCUCCAGGGAAUUAAAGAGCUUGGAAGGAGCCCUCCCCAGUCUGAGGUGUAAUCAUAUCGGUGCUAUUCCUUAGAAGGAAAGUAAUUGCUACUUAAUACAAAGUCCUUGGAAGCAGUUGACUGUUCGUGUAGUUUUCUGCCCAGAUAAGUAAGCACCACUGAAGCACCUCCAUGGCUUGAUAUUUUGCCAUUGGUGAAAAUUUUGAUUUGAGGUAUUAGAAAAUAUUUUUGUGCCAAAAAAUACAUUCCACAAAGCUAUUUUCUUACUGUGCAAACCUGAUAUGUUCAAAUUUGCUCAUAUAAGUAAAACAGUAUGAUGAGACAAUUGCAUUGUACAAAAGGUGAAAUUGCAGAAUGUUUGCUUUCCUUAAACCUGGUCAGAUGGAAUGGUCUUACUGUGCACUCACAUAAUAGUGUAUGGCUAAAACUUCUUAGGUCUCAUUAUUGGAGGCAUUGGCUUCCUCCUGAAAAUCGUUGGUUAGAGGACUAAGAUAUAUAAAGAUGUGUUUUGAAUGUUAGAUUGGUAUCACCUCAGAUUCCUAGUGUCCUGUGGUCAAAUAAUAGGGUUAAAAUCCCUCAAAUACUAUGAAUGAAUGAACGCAAAUCUUAAUGCACGGUGUUGCUGCCUGAAUUGUCUCUUUCUUGCAUGUCCAACAUCUACUAUUGUAAAACUUAGUGUUAAUGUCAGUUUUAAUGGGAUUAAUUUAUUACUACCUAAGUACCUUUUUGUUAGCUAUAGGCACUUUUCUGUUCUUUGAUGUGGACUUUGCAUAAAUAUUCUCUAUCUAAGAAUUUGUGAACAUGUGUCUAUGCCAUAAUCAACAAAUGAUAAACAUUUUAGGCAAGCCAAUUUUUGUCAACCUAUCAUAAAGAGUAGGUAUGCACAUUAAGAAAAUUCCCUGGAUAGUUUCAUAAAAUUACACAUUCUGUUGUCUAACAACAUUAUGCUUUCCAAACCAAAUUUUCCACAUUUGUUCUUAUUUUUCCAUUUCAAUUUAAUAAUUACUUACUGCUGUGUUUGCAUUUAUAUAUAGUAACUGUUGACAUCCAGGAAUUUCUUCAACGUCUCAACUGUGGUUUGUAUACUGAUCACUCACCCAGACUCACCCACUAGCUAAAGUUAUGCUUGACAUGAACUUCCUCCCAACAAGAGAAAUUUAAAAUUUUUAAAGGCCUUUACAUUAUUAUUAUUAUCUCAUGUAAUUCUUAUAUCUUAUCAGGUAGAUAUUAUUUUCUUUUUCUAACCAUCAUACUUCAGUGUAGCUCAUUAGGAGUCAACAUUGCAAUUAUCAAAUCUUUGAAAGCCAAAAGCAUACAUAUCAACCAGUCACAAAAUACCUUCAAAUAAUCUCUUUUUAGAUAUUAUAUGCCAAAAAUUAAUUAUAAUAUUUAAAAAUCUUCUAUAUACAAGAAGUAAGCAGGGUACUGUACUGACCCAGUGGUGACAAUUUUCAUAAAGUAACGUUUUAGGUAGGUGCUCAAUAGGAAUAUAUACACACGCAUAUAUACAUAUACACACAUAUAUGUAUAUACACCCAUAUACAUUAUAUGCAUAUUCAUGCUUAUAAUCACAAAAUAUGCUCUCAUUGAUAUUUUCUAGACAAUUAUUUGCUGAAUGCUUAAAGAGAAAUAUAAAUGGGAAAGCAUUAAAAUGAACUAUUGUCAGACAUAAUUUAAUUAUAUCAAAGAAGUUUAAUUAUUUGACAUUUUAUUCUUAUUUACAACUUUAGUCUCUAACUACUAGAAAAAUCACAAAAUUUGGAUAUCUUAAAAAUAAAUAAACCUGAUAGGUAGGUUCAUGACCAAGUGUGUCUGACUAUAUAUUUUACCUCAGUUGUGAAUUAGUGGAAAUUUUCCAAAGAGAAUUAUACCAGGUAGCUUAAUAGUGUAAAAAGUUACUCACUUAAAAUGUUAAUGUUACCCACACCUAAGAAAUCACAGGCCUUUUCCAGUUCCUUUUUUAGUCCCCUGUCCCCUGCCCCCCAGCCUGCACGAUGUCCUGCUCUUCCAGACACUUCCCUGGGAAAAUAAAACACAUGCCCGGUCUCCCUAUCCAGCAAGGAGGUGGGAACUCUAGACAAGAAUGAAUUAAUAUAAAGAUCUUUAUUGAUUUUCACUUCCUCAAAUACCUCUUUGCCAAUAGAGAAGAUUCUUAAGCUAUUACAUUUUCAGAAUGGAAAAGGAAGAUAUAAAUGACUGAACUUUUUGGUUUGAUGUUGAUCUUUCAAUCUUAGAUACCAUCUCUUAUAUUUACUGUAAAACCUCAGUUAAUGGAAUCUUUAGGUAGGUAGAAUUCUCCUGCAAGUGGCUCUUAGAUGAGGGGAAUCCUUUAAAAUGACCAUUUCGAUAUCUUUUUUGUUGAAUGAUAGCACAUUUCCUGGUACAUUUUGUCAUGUGGAGUUGUGUAGGAUUCAAAUGACUUCACUCACACCUGUUUGCCAGGGUAGUGCCCUCAGAGCCUCCUUAGGCACCUGGCAGUGUCACAGAGGAACCAGCUUCUUGUAAUAGAUGGGGUUACAAAGAAAACAGGAUGAAGAAUUUCUCUAGGGGGUCUGAUUACAGCUCUGGGGAGUGCAGGUGAGGCCCCGGUGCUAGUCCACGCACUAGCUGAGCUGUAAUGGCUACCUUUCCUCUCUGCUAGGCUCACACAUGCAGAGAAUUUGGGAGGGAUGGCAAGGAAUCACAACCAAAAUCCACUUCCUUUCAGUCUCAUUUUUCUGAGGAAGAACGUGCUUUUCAAGAAGGAAAGGGACAGAGUCAGGCCUAGGUAGAAUUUCAGUGUAAACUUAAUUUUUCUCUUCAGCGUCUUUCCACCUCCCUUUUAUUUCUGUUAUUUUUUCUGAGUUUAUUUCUUUUUUUAAUUUAAAUUUAUUGGGGUGACAUUGGUCAACAUGAACAUAUCGGUUUCAGGCGUGGGUUUCUGUAUUGCACCAUGUGUCCACCUCCCUCUCUGAAUUUCUUUCCCAGUUCCUGGCUUCACGUUUUCCCAUGUGCCCAGUAUAUGAUGGUUGCUCAAAUUCUCACUGCCAUAUAUUACCCUUUCCUCAUCAACUGUCCCACUGCAAAAUGGCUCCUUUCAUCUCUCCUUGCCUGAGCACUCAUUGUGGGUCAUCUAGCAAAAUUUUAGGAAGAAGACAAUAUAAAGAAACUAACUUUACAGUUUGUAUUUAAUAAAAGGAAACGUUAAUUUAAGUGAAUUAGUGGAUUAGGUAAUUGGGAACUAUGAUACACAUUGCUGUGACUAAGAAAGGAGUCAUCCCGCGAAUGUCUAGACCUGUGCUGUCCGAUGUCAUAGCCACUAGGCUCAAGUGGCCAUUUAAAUCUAAAUUACUUUAUGUAGAAAUUGAGUUUCUCAUGUGCACUAGCUACAUUUCAAGUGCUCAAUGGCCACAGUGGACUAACAGAUGUUGAGUAUAUACAUCAUUGCAAAAACUUUACCAGAUAGCAUUGGCCUAGAGCAGAGGUGGGGAACAUCUGGCCUGCCAAAGCAUUAAGGGUGAGUUCAUUAAA